GCCAAGCAUUUAUUUCUGUAUCUAAUCCUUUCGAUACUUAAUCCUUUUGACGCAAUAACAUUUAGAUAAUGGACAACGUACAAAAUAAAACGGCGAUAAUCACGGGUGCUGGGUCCGGCAUUGGCUACUACAUUACCGAAGAUUUAUUACGUAAAGGCGCAAAGAAAAUCGCCAUCAUCGAUUUACCGGUAGAACGUUGUUACAACGCAACGGUGACUUUGCAAGAAAAAUUUGGAAAAGAUCGCGUCAUUUUUUUUCCAACUGAUGUGACAAACAUGGAAAUGUAUAGCGAAACCUUCAAGAAAAUUGUCAAAGAAUUUAAUGGACUCGAUAUACUUGUUAAUAAUGCUGGAAUAUGUCGUGACCGUUGCAUCGAAAAAACGUUUUCUAUUAACGUUAUAGCGUUAAUUCGCGGCUCGAUGUUAGCCAUGGAUUACAUGGGAAAACAUAAAGGUGGCAAAGGAGGUACAAUAGUAAAUAUAGCGUCUUUGGCUGGCAUUUUUCCUUUCUUUUUAUGUCCGGUAUAUAGUUCUUCUAAAUAUGCUGUCGUCGGGUUUGGUCUCAGUCUUGAGAAAUUUUAUGACAAAACAGGAGUUCGUAUUCUUACGAUGUGUCCUAGUUUCACAAUAACUGCAAUGAUAAUUGAGGAAGACAACAAGCUUAAUAUUAUUGAUCAAGAUACUGUUAAUAAAUUUGAGGAGGAAUUUGAGGAAGUAGCCAAAGAUUUUCAUGAUCCUCAAUCUGCUGUGCAUGUGGCACAAUCCGUAGUUGUGGCAAUUCAAAGGGGUAAAAAUGGAUCAAUUUGGCUUAUUAAGAAUAAUGAGCCACCAUGUACGAUCAAAUUACCGCCGUUUGUUGUCUCUUAAGUGUAAAAUUCUUCAAGAUAGAAUAAAUCUAAAAAUCUGAAAUAUCAACCCCUUUUUAGAGACUCGAUCUCGACAUCUCGGUAUUGACUGCAUCAAUUUUAUUCGAACUAGCAUCAUUUCGAAUUUUCACAUUUUUUUCAGUAACACGUAUAAAUCGAGACCUUAA